UUUAGUUAUCUUUUUCCGAUUGAAAUUAUUGAAGAACUAUCAUUGUGCGGUCUUUAAAAACAAUGUUUUUGCGAUCGAUGUGUAUCAGGACGGAAGCUACACCAAGACGCGUGCGUGGGCCCAUCAACCUAGAGUACAUCACGGAGUCGGACAGGCGGCGACAGGCGCAGUACAAGAGGAAGAAAGGCCUUCUAAAAGCUGCACUGGAGUUCCACAUUCUGACUGGGUGUGACAUUCACCUGGUCCUCAACGAGCCCAAGUGCGGGAGGACAGUGUUUGGGACGGGGGCCCUACAGGACAUGUACAAAGCUGGAACACUUAGAUCACUGGCCAGUGAUAACAUCGAGUCUUCAGACACCAUCACGGCAUCCAACAAGAUGGCACUGCCCCCUCUACCAAACACACCCCCCAAAACUUUCCCUUCGGGGGUGCGCGUACCAAACCAGCUACGUUCGUUCAUGUUUACUGAUGGAGUGUCACCUGAAAAGGUGGCAAAGACAUCAGGGCCUGCCCCUACGCAGACGAGGAAAGGCAGAGGGAAAGGGAGAGCAGCUAGCAGCCAGACAACUAAAAAGUCUAACCAUGGAAAGGGGCGUGGAAGGGGGCGUGGAAGGGGUAGUUCUUAAGGUGUUCUGAUACACAUGUGACAACACUACAGGUUAUGUGCAUGGA